GAAGAGAACAUAAACAUGAAGAAAGUUUUGGUACUAAUUAUGACAGUGGUAAUCGCUGGUGUCAUCGGAGCCGAAAGCAACUCCGAUGCUCUUGGCUAUGAACUAAUUCUUGGAGAGUUUGAUCAACUGCGACAAAACAUUCUGGAUUUUGGCAACAAAAGUCACUCAAAAAUAGCCGCCCGCUCCGUUAAAUUUGAAUUUGCCAGCCACGAAGUACCAUCGUGCCAGGAAACCCCCGCCAAUGCCAGUGGAGUGUACCGGAUACAUCCGGAACUGUCAACCAUAUCGUCUUUUCUCGUCUAUUGCGAUCACACAGUGGAAAACGGAGGCUGGAUCGUAAUACAUCGACGCUUCGACGGCAAUUUAAACUUCAAUCGACCUUGGGUUGAUUAUCGACAGGGUUUCGGAAAUUUGCAGAGCGAGUAUUGGCUAGGACUAGAAAAAAUGCAUCAGAUCACUCGGGCUGAUAACUAUGAGCUGUUGGUUGUGCUGAAAAGCUUCAACAAUGCAACGAAAACUGCUCGCAUCGAUCGAUUUAUGGUGGCCAGUGAGUUUGAAAAGUAUAAACUCAAUGUUGGCCAACUCGUGGUAGGAGAGGCAGGUAACAGUUUCUCACAACACAAUGGGAUGAUGUUUACUACAAUAGAUCGGGAUAAUGACUUGUAUAAAGAAAAUUGUGCAAUAAUACACUCGAGCGGCUGGUGGUUUACUGAUAACUAUUACUCGAAUCUCAACGGUAAACAUAAAAAGGAAGGAGAUGAAACUGGUAUGACUUGGUUCAAAUUUAAUAAAUCAUAUAUCACCUUGAAGGAGGCUCGGAUGCUGAUUAGAAGAAUGUAGCAUAUAGUUAUUUGAAAUAUUUCGAUUGUAAUUAAUCAUCAGAAAAGUAUAACAACCAACCUAGCACAAUUUCACCUUAUUGUGUCUUACAUCCAGGAAGUAGGGAGCUCAGAUAGACCCAGCUGACUCCGAUUUAGAAUCUGCAUCGACAAGGUGAAUUCCCAGAAUCUUUUGGUCAAAAUGGACCGUAUAAACGUGGCAACAAAUGUGGUCAUUCAUUUCUAACCAAUGAACAACUUAACGUCAAACUUGAAGCUUCCAAGUCUUAUCUGUUCAGUGAUCAUUCCGGUGUACCCCAAGGCAGUAACCUUGUAAUUCUCUUAAUUUAAUUAACUUAUACAAAUUUGGCUACAAAUCCUGGUUGAAAAUUUUGAAUAUAGUCAUAAACGAUGAGUUUUUGAUUUCUCGAUUUGAAACUGUUAACGCAGGGACGAAUGGGCGAACUCAAUUACUCAAACUCAAUUUCAAACAGUUCUUCGAAGACUUUGAUAAUUUCUCUUUCCAAACGUAACCAAUAACUUUCAACGUUUUCUCAACGGUUAAACAAUUUAAUAAAAAAUUGAAAAAAAAAAUUUACACUGUAGUUCAACAGAAUCUUGUUUGUAACAUUCCGUUGGCAACGUCAAGGUAACGCUGUUUGAAUCACGUAAACGACUCAGCACUCGAGGGUGGCACAGCGCACGUUCUAAUCCACUCAGUACACAAAGUAGCGCUUGAUCUAGUUUCAUGAACCGUAUGAUAGCUAUCUGUCGUUAGAUGCCAUCCAAAAAACCGUAAUCCCAAAGACAAACAGCUUGCCAAAGCCGUAGUAUAGUUCUACACAACGCUCUACCCAACGACGGGAUGGAACUUUAAAACCAAAAGCCGACAUCUGUGUCAGUGUCACCAUCAUCCGCAAGUCGGCAAGGGCACAGGCCACCACCCAUCAGAAUUACCGCAAAAAGUCGCAUGGGAAAAGCAACAAUAGUCGACCAUGAAGUGUGUACACCACUUCUUUUUCAAAGACCUUCUGGGCACAACUUCAACACGGAUAGGAAAACCCUUUUCGAGUGGGUUCAUCCAUUCGAAUGGCUCUCUGAGCAGCCUUCCCGAUGGGCAAUCGUAACCAGAAAGCGAGUGAAAAUGAACGUCUGCAGACGCCUUCCGCCCUGUCCGGGUCGGCAAAAGGAUAACCGUAGCGUAGGUGCUCUUUCGGGUGUGCCUUUUACCUUUGGCUGUCGGUACUCCAAAAUUGCCAUGUUACCGUCCGGCCGAGUGUGCCAUCGUCAUGGGCCAGUCAGCUACACAAAAAGCAGGGAAAAGAGAUACUCAUGCGCAUCGGAUCCCCAAACAAACACUCCCUCAGCCUCACUCUACUCAAGCGAAUAGCAAUUCUACAACGAGGAUGCCUUGCAGGGCAUCACGAUUUUCCCAAUCCCAAUCCCACUACCACCAGUAACGAAGAAGCGGAAAUUGUGUUCCGACCUAACGGAACGACAAGCAGGCAGGCAGGCAAACUGGUGAAAAACAGCUCCGGUAAAUAUUUGCCCAAGAUAAUUGAUCUCGUCAGUCUCGCUUUUGUACGUAGUGGCGUACCUUUUUCCCUCCUAGCGUCGUCGUGGCGUGCCAAUGUUCAAGUUCGGUGCCCAACCGAAGGCACUAGCAGUGCAUGUAGAGUUGCUCAACCAGUCAGUCAAUCUUUCAGUGUACAAACUCGAUAUAAGUAAAUAAACUUGAAUAAUAUGUACCUUCCGGACGUACUUGGGUUCUAGAUGCGGGGUCCGUUCGUACGCUACGUUUCUUCGCUGCCGACAUACAGUCGGACUUGGGAUUUUUUUUAGCGAAUGACAUACACACACACGUACCCGGUCACGGGUGGGUGGGAGAAUAGAAAAUUAUAAUUACGAUUGCAAUGCUGUCUCGCCAAAAAGUGAUUUGGGCUUUUGCGUCCCCAAAAAUUUUCCCCAAAUGACAUGUCACAUUCAUCCAUUGAAAUGUCGUCGUUGGUAGGGUGAACAUAGAAAUAAAAUUUAAGAAUUAACCUCAGCUAAAACGGCACAUUCUUAAUUGAUUUAAUUUUUUUUUUAAUUAUUUUGUACAAUUUGUGUCUAGAUCGAAUAAUAAAUUUUUGAUGUAAAUCGCACAACAUAAUCUUUGUUUUUUGAAAUAGAAUAAAACACAGAUAGAAUGAAACUAACCGAAUCCAGCUAUUGGGACAGUUUCGGACCUCUUUCUAGUAGCGUCGUAGGUGGAUAAGACUAAAGCUGUAAUUUAUUUUUUUAAAUUACUUUCAGUAUAAAUUUUGAAUUAAUAGUAACUUACAAUUUUGGUCUUUUCAUAACUGUCACUAACAUAAAGUGACCAGAUGGUU